CUUCUUUUUACAUUAAAAAAUGGAUUGUGAAUUUAUUAGUUUUAUAUUGAUCAGAUCUCAUCCUCUGAUACUUUUUUAAAUAUUUUCGUUUUAUUUUGCAUCUAUCUAUUGAUUAAAACAUUCCCAAUUUUUAUUCCAUCUUUUAAAUAUUUUAAAAACAGAGCCGAAUAUUUGAACCAAAAGAAAACAGAGUCGAAUAAAAAAAAAGUGUCCACUUUCUCAAGUCCAAAACAGACCAUUUUGCAAUUAAUACUUAGCAUAUAAAUAUUUUGGUCAACAUAAUAGCUCAAGAAAAUUAAGAGAAUAAAAAAAAAAAAACUCUAAUUUCUUUCUCUCUCUCUCUCUGUUUUCUUCUCCGAUCCUUUAAUCUUUCUGAGACAAAGAUGGGAAACGGAAACUCAAGGGAGGCUAAAGAAUCGAGACGGUCAAAGCUACGACAGAAGCUACAAAAGUUUCGCAUUCACCGUCGUCAUCUUCGUUGUUCUCGAAACUCAGCAGGAAUGGUGAUACAACGAGCUGUGUCCGCCGAGGAUUUCUCCGGCAUUGCGCUUCUCACUCUCAUUGGCGCGGAUAUGAAGUUUAAGGACAAGUGGCUCGCCUGUGUUUCUUUCGGUGAACAGACUUUUAGAACUGAAAUCUCAGAUACUACAGAGAAGCCAAUUUGGAACUCGGAGAAGAAGCUUUUGUUGGAGAAAAAUGGACCAAGUCUUGCUAGGGUCUCUGUAUUUGAGACAAAUAGGCUCUCAAGGAACAAAAUCAUCGGUUAUUGUGAGCUUGAUAUAUUCGAUUUUGCAGUGCAGGAACCUGAGUCGGCAUGUAAGUCAUUUGACUUGUUAGAUCCCACAGCAUCCAAUGUUGUUGGCACCAUUUUCCUUUCUUGCGCUAUUGAGGAUCCUGUUGAAACCGAGCGGCGGUUUGCAAAGCGUAUCUUGUCCAUAGUGGUAAUUGACCGGAAGAGUAAGAGACUCGUGGAAGAGUUGAUAGACUCAAAGAUUGUUCUCUCCAUGAGAGCUAUUUAUCAGUCAAAAAUUGGACUUCGACUUAUGGAUCAAGGGGCAAAGGAGAUUCUGCAGAGACUUUCUGAGAAGCAGGGGAAGAAAAUGAGCUCUGUUGAAUCCGCACAAAAAAUACCACGCUUUCUCGAGUUCUUUAAGGAUCAAAUAAACAUGGCUGAAGUCAAGUAUCCUCUGCAGCAUUUUAAGACGUUCAAUGAGUUCUUCAUCCGGGAGUUGAAACCUGGUGCAAGACCAAUUGCUUGCAUGAAAGGCGAUGAUGUUGCCGUAUGUGCUGCUGAUUGUCGAUUAAUGGCAUUUCAGUCGGUGGAGGAUAGUACCCGUUUCUGGAUCAAGGGCAAAAAGUUUUCAAUAAGAGGCCUUCUUGGGAAGAGUACUGUGAAUACAAAUGCCUUCCUUGAUGGAUCUUUGGUGAUAUUCCGACUAGCACCACAGGAUUAUCAUCGGUUUCAUGUCCCUGUCUCUGGAGUCAUUGAAAAGUUUGUGGAUCUUUCUGGAAGCUUAUAUACAGUUAAUCCGAUUGCGGUCAAUAGCAAGUACUGUAAUGUAUUCACGGAAAAUAAACGAACCGUUGCAAUUAUAUCAACAGCAGAAUUUGGAAAGGUUGCUUUUGUUGCAAUCGGUGCGACAAUGGUUGGUAGCAUAAAUUUUGAGAGAAAGGAAGGAGAACAUGUGAAGAAAGGGGAUGAACUUGGUUAUUUUUCAUUUGGUGGAAGCACAGUUAUAUGUGUCUUUGAAAAGGACUCGAUCCGGAUCGAUGAGGAUCUCUUGGUUAACAGUGGUAGGUCCUUAGAGACAUUAGUGAGUGUUGGAAUGCAAUUAGGUGUCUCCACAAGGACAUUUGCUAGGUCUACAUUGACCUAAAAAUCAGAGACCAUUUGGUUUGAUUUGAUUUUCCUCUUGUUUCAUGCAUAAUAACUCUGUAUAUAACCAAAUGAAAUCUCCUCGGUAUUAUUUAUACAAUGAAUGAGCUAAAUAAACACACAUUCCUUGCCA